AUGUUUAAGAAAAUCAUAUUGGUCCUAUUAAUCGGGUUUCUAGCAUGGGUGUAUCAAGCUGCCCGUUCCCCACCUCCCAGGAUAUGUGGCUCACCAGCCGGUCCACCCGUUACAUCAACACGAAUAAAGCUUAGGGAUGGACGACGUUUGGCCUACAAGGAGCAUGGCGUCCCCAAAGAAAAGGCCAAAUACAAGAUCAUCUUUGUUCAUGGCUUUGGCUGUAGCAGACAUGACUUGGCAUUUGCAACAUCAGUAGAAUUGGGGAUGGCUGAAGGACAAGGGGUCUACUUUGUGUCUUUUGAUAGACCAGGUUAUGGAGAAAGUGACCCAGAUCCAAAACGGACCUUAAAAAGUGUAGCUAUGGAUAUAGAAGAGCUUGCUGAUCAGUUAGAACUUGGAUCCAAAUUUUAUGUAAUUGGAUCAUCCAUGGGAGGACAGCAGGUUUGGGGAUGCCUUAAGUACAUUCCUCAUAGGCUUUCAGGAGCAACAUUAAUUGCUCCGGUUAUCAACUACUGGUGGCCUAGGUUUCCUGCAAAAAUAUCUGCAGAAGCCUACUAUCAGCAAUAUCCACAAGACCAGUGGGCUUUACGGGUCGCUCACUACACCCCUUGGCUCACCUACUGGUGGAACACUCAGAAAUGGUUUCCUGCAUCGAGCGCCAUUGCGCAAAAGCCUAAGUUUUCUCGCCAAGAUUUAGAACUUAUAUCCAAGCUUAGGGGGAUAAAACAUGACAGGGCACACGUGACACAACGAGGAGAAUUUGAGUCCUUACACCGCGACCUGAUGGUUGGAUUUGGGAGUUGGGAAUUCGAUCCUAUGGAUCUUAAGAAUCCUUUCCUUGAUAAUGAAGGCUCUGUCCAUUUGUGGCAAGGCGAUGAAGAUGGCCUUGUGCCUGUUACCCUGCAGCGCCACAUUGCUGAAAAGCUUCCAUGGAUACACUACCAUGAAUUACCAGGUGCCGGACAUCUGUUUUCUAUUGCUGAUGGGGUGAGCGAGGCUAUUUUAAAGGCACUUCUAUUAGGGGAGAAGGAGCCUGUUGAAGAGAUAACUGACUGAUUGGUUCUCUCUCUCUCUCUGAAAAUCAGCUUUGAAAGUAGCAAAAUAAGACACAUGAAGAGGGGAAAAAUAUUACUUAGGAUUGUUCAAAGGAAUUCUAGCUUGCAAAUUCAUUUCUCUUACAACAAACUUUGAGACAUGGAUGCAAGAUUCAAUUUUUAUUUAUCAUGU